CUAUUUGUUAAUUAUCUUUUAUUUAUCCAUUUAUAUUUCUCUGUAUUUGAUAUUCUUUUAAUAAUUACUGUCUAUUAUUUUAUCUUAGCUGGUGCUAAGAAGGCAGACUUUGGUGAUUUACUGUCAGGUCAAGGAUUUACCCCAUCAACAAAUAAGAAUGAGCCACGUUCAAUCAACUCAAUGCGACAUGAGACGCUGGUUGAAGAUCUUGGACCUGACAAAGUCAAGAUCAGAGAAUGGAUAGCUGGGAAGGAACGGAAUAUACGAGCUCUGAUUUGCAGUAUGCAUGAGGUAUUAUGGGAUGGCGAGGCAAGGUGGAAGCCAGUCGGAAUGCACGAGCUAGUAACACCAGAUAAAGUAAGCUCUCCUCAACAGUUAUGCAAUUUUCAUAUACCUACAACAGCAUAUUCAAAGUGCUAACCACAUAAGAUUUGA